AUGGCUGUGGUGCCCAUCUUUGACACCACUGAAUCCAAUACAUGGAAAUAUAUUUUUCAACAAAUUGAGCCCAAGUGUGUGAUCGUCGACUCAAACGAGAGGGCCAAACAAGUGAUGGGAUCCGUCAGAUACAAAGUGGAGAGUCUAAUCCUAACCAGUGAUCACUUAUAUCCGGACACCAAACUGUUUGCCGAAAGAAAGGGGAUCAAUGUCUAUGCAUUCAAAGAGAUUGAGAGAAUGGGAAUUAUAGAUUUGCAGCCAUUUGUCAUCCCGAAACUAACAGAUUUAGCGACCCUCUUAACUCACGGCAAUCUCGUGGCCGCCGUAUCGGGAUUUCUCUUGCAUUUAGAUUCACAUUUCGAUCUAAAGGAUGAAACAAUGAUAUCGUAUUUAUCGUCCGCACAGCUCAGGGAACGCAUAUUAAAAGCCUGUAUGUUCUACAGUGGGGGUCGUAUUGGUGUAUAUUCUGGUGAUUUUAAAGAUCUGUCCCGCGAUUUACCCGUCCUGAUGCCGACUGUCAUGUAUUGUGUCCCGAGAAUACUCAAUAGAUUAUAUAAUAGGGUUAUAUCUAAAGUUAGAGGAAAUUGGGUUCGCAGUCGGGUUUUAGACUUUGCCCUCAAAUCAAAACAGCCGGAGAUUGUAAAGUAA